CGAGUUCUGAUGUAAACAUUGGCGACGAGAACUGUGUGACAUGCCAUUGCCAUCACAAGGCCACGUGCACAUGGACAGCAAAGUCACUAGCUGAUCACAUGAUAGAUGAAUGCUGAUUGGCUGGCCGAACCGUGCCCCCAUUUUUGAUUGGUUUAUUGUUCCCCGCCCUCGCCUUGAAUGUGAGCGUAGUUCGUACAGUCAUAGAAGAUGCAAAUUGGCCUUUGAUCGGAGCCAGAUAGAAAUAAACGAAAAUGCGAGAGGAUAUAUGUUCAUACCCACCAUCACCACCAGUCACCCCACCGGCGUAUGUCACAGAUAAAGACAUGGUACUGCGAAGCCCUAGUCAGACAUCAUGCCAGGACCCCCUGGAGAGAGAUGCUGUGGAAACACUCCUUGCAAUGGGAGGCAAGAGGAAGAGGGAGUCUGAUGAUGACCCUUAUCUUGGGGUCAUGACCCCACCCACAUUCAGAAGGGUCAAGGUCGCCAUGUCACGAUUAUUGCUUGGUGACAGUUCGAUGAGGCUGGAAUCUGUAUCAUCACAGGAAGUGCAACCAGCUGCUGCCUCCCUAAGCCGACAUGUGUCGGUCAUCGUUCCACCAAGAUCUCUCCACAGCAACCCAUCUGCUGUGCAUUGCACAGAUCAGCCCAUGAACCUGUCUCAGAAAAGAACAAACCCACCUAGUGACUCUACUACAUGUGCUUACCCACCAAGAAAGCCAACCCAUGUGACACCAUCGACCUCCUCCCCUCCAGAAGCUAGUCAUAGACCAAUGACCACAGUUGCUGCAAGUCCUCAUUGUUUGCCAUGUGUCCUCCCAGCGAUGGCCGAAACAAGUCCCGUGCUGUGUGACAGGAUUCCCUUGAUAUCCCAAAGCUGCAAGCCGAACUGUCCCCCUGCAAUCUGCUCAACUUGUCCCCCUGCAAUCUGCACAGCUUGUACCCCUGCUGUCUGUUCGUCCCCCCCGUCGGGAGGGGCGAGGGUGCCGAUUGUUCUGACGAGUGUUGACGGCAAGCUUGUGCCUACCAUGCCUUCCAUUGUACAGGUGUUUGUGUUGAACCAGCAAAGUGCAGGGCCCAGAAAGGAACAGACGACUAAAGUGGACAGUUUUUGUCCAAUUGCGCCUCAUCCUGUGGUGAUGCAGUCUGGAAGCCGGUUUGAGGAAGCAGGUCUUGGUGAUGGCAAGAGACGGCGAACUCACGAAUGUACCUUCCGUAGCUGUGCUAAGACCUAUUUCAAGAGCUCUCAUCUCAAGGCACACAUCAGAACACACACAGGUGAGAAGCCGUACAGUUGUGACUGGGAGAACUGUGGUCGGAAAUUUGCAAGAUCAGACGAGUUGUCUCGACACAAACGCACUCACACCGGAGAGAAACGCUUCAGCUGUGGACAAUGUGACAGGAAGUUCAUGAGAAGUGACCACCUUGCCAAACACCUACGGCGCCAUGCCGCCAACAAGAAAGUUCCCAGCUGGCAGACAGAGUCGUCUAAGUCAUCAGACUGUAUCCCAAGCAGCCCGGCUUUGUCCAGCCCCUCGGACACUGAUGGUGUGUGAGGGCUACACACAGGCCGUGAACUAUGAACAAAGUUUGUGCUCCUUCAACCCUCAAGUCUUUCAAUGUCCUUGUGCUUGUCUUGCCUGUCUCUGUGACAUACAAGCACUGCAAGCGUGUGAGGCUGGAACACAGGUCGAUUUAUUAUUAAAUGUUCUUAUUCUUAACCCUGACAUUUUCCAGGACGACAUGGGUUAGUCAGCAUGACAUGGGUUAAUCACAGGGUACAUGAAUAUACUUCUGCUGUUGUUUCCCCAGCCCUGUGCACUGCAUAUACAUCAUAUAUGAAUGUUAAUUAAAGUCGCAGGCUUUGUAGAAAAAAUGGCUGUAGUUCUCAUCAUAAAGGGCAGAGGCUUGCACUUAACUUUCAAAAGAAAAUUCAAUUCUAAGAUUGUCAUGGCUGUAUUUUGAAAUAUAAUUGCAAAUAACUCCCCUUACAUGUUCAAGUAAGAUUUGAAAUUUAAUAAAAUCUGCUGGGGAUGUUAAGUAUUUUUACUUUUUAAAACUUUCAAAAAAGGAGUUCUUCAACAAUUCAGUUUAUUCCAAAUAUGUGAAUCCCGACUCAAGUGAGGAUAAGAAUUUAUGGAAGAACAACUUCUUUAUUACAAUUAAGAGCAAGGUUUCGGUGUAGGUUCUAACACCGUUAUCAACCGUUUGAACCUACACCAAAAUGUCUCUUAAUUGUAAUAAAGAAGUUGUUCAUCCAUAAAUUCUUAUCCUUACUUAGUACUCCAACUUCUAAAUGCCUAUCAAUGAAGUCAGACUCAAGUGGGUUUGACACCUAGCCUGAUACAAGUCUGUUUGCCUCUACCCAUCUGAAUGUUGGAGAUAUAGUCUUAGCUCAACAACUAGAAGGGAACAGUUUAUUACGUUAUGAUACCUACUCUUAUAAACUGUUAAUGUCUUUUCUGAAACUUUGUUAACUUGCAUUUUGUUUGUUCAAUGUAAUGGUUGUUGUCUUUUUGGUGGCAAUGUUGCAAGUGAUCAGCUGUUUGUUGGUUAAGACACAAAACCACACACAACGCAGUCGGGCAGUCAGCCACACUGGGUGCAAUAUUGGACAUAGUUCUUGGUACUUUCAUAAGGAUGUUGCAUAUGUGUCCAAUGUCAAGCGAACAUAUGUAAUGGCAGCAGGCUUCAAGUUUUCCGUGUUUUGCUAUUUCAACCACAUCAUUUACCAGUUCAGAGAGAGAGAGAGAGAGGAAGAGAGAGAGAGGAGAGAGAGAGAGGUCAGGUCAGAUAGAGUUCAGUGUGUUCUGGCUGUGACAUUCAGGUCACCAAUCAGAUCCAUGUCAGGUUACUCCACUGCAAGGGCUAAAGUCCAGUACAGAAACUCCCUACUGAUAAGUAUUAAGCUAACAAUAAUGGUCAUCCAGUUUGUCAGCCAUCACCACUGAUGAUUGAGAAAUUCUGUACACAUCUCCAUACUUGCUCUGUCACAGUGUGUGGUUCUGAGUAGGCACAGGUAUCUGUUCUGGAUGCAGUUGUUGUAGCAACAAGUCCUCCAUGGUAUUUCACCUCCCCCAUUGUACAUGCCUCAUCUAAUUUAUUUACACUGAUCUGUUUUGUACACAUGUCAAAAUAAACUAUUUAUUAAAAUCUUA